AAAAUUCAACCGAAGUGAAGUCAGUGCAACUGGAGGAGGCGGGUUGAGUUAGCUAGCUUUGGACCCUCUACUACUGUAACGUUAGCUAGCUAGCUUAUUGGAACCCCUACUACUGUAACCUACACCGUUAAUGUUAAUUUUAGCCCUAACUUAACGUUACUUAUUAUUACGCUCUGCGCCAGUUUAUUCGUGUAAAAGAGCUAGCUAGCUAACGUUAACUUAGCUAACAACUUUCGCACUGUUAAAACAGAUUUAACGUGUCUUGCUUCUGACCUUUUCCAGCCUGUAGCCCAUCGGUUGUAAAUGUAACCGCUACUCUGAAUGUGAAUUAACAUCCUUAACUUUAGUCCCCAAUCAACAUGAAUGAUCCUUGGCAAGAGUGUAUGGAUCACUGUGUGGAGGUCACCAAAAAGGCUGGGAGGAUGAUCCGCGAGGCGCUCCAGAAAGACAUCACCGUCAUGCACAAGAGCUCACCAGUUGACCUGGUGACUGAGACGGACCAGAAAGUGGAACGGCUCAUUAUAUCCUCCAUCAAGGAAAAGUACCCCACUCAUAGCUUCAUAGGUGAGGAGUCCGUAGCAGCAGGCGCUCCCAGUGUUCUAACUGACGAUCCCACGUGGAUCAUCGACCCUAUUGAUGGUACCACCAACUUUGUUCACAGGUUCCCAUUUGUGUCCGUAUCAAUUGGCUUCACUGUGAAGAAAGAGAUAGAGUUUGGGAUUGUCUACAGCUGCAUCGAGGACAAAAUGUACACAGCACGGAAAGGGAAAGGGGCAUUCUGCAACGGAGACCCGAUUAAAGUGUCUGGACAAGAAGAUAUAAGCCAAUCUCUGGUACUGACAGAAAUGGGCUUCAGGAAGAAUCCUGAGCAUUUCAAAACAAUGUUGGCCAACCUCAAGACCAUCCUCACCAUCCCUGUGCAUGGUAUCCGCUCCCCGGGCAGUGCAGCUGUCAACAUGUGUUUGGUAGCGUGCGGAUCGGCUGAUGCGUACUACCACAUGGGCAUCCACUGCUGGGACAUGGCCGGAGGGGCGGCGGUGGUUACAGAAGCUGGAGGAGUUAUCAUGGACAUUUCAGGUGGACCGUUUGAUCUGAUGUCCCGGAGGCUGAUCAUCGCCAGCAGCAGAGCAAUAGCAGAACGCAUCGCUAAGGAGAUAACAGAGUUUCAUGUCGGGAGGGACGACACAGAUUGCGAGUAAAUUUCCAUCAUUUCCUCUACCAACUUUCAGUUAUUAAAUCACCUGACUCACUGCAUUACUGUAACAAGUCACGAUGAUGAUGAUGAUGAUGAUGAUGAUGAUGAUGAUGAUGAUGAUGAUGAUGAUGAAAUAAGAACCAAAACGAUGAACUUACCUCUGAAGAACUAUACUCUGCAGUUUGUUAGUCAGCCCUUUAAGACUUUCAGCCUUCUUUCUGCUUUCUUUACACGUCAUUGUUGUGAUUCUGUGUGACAUUGUUCUCGCGAUAGUACGUUGCGUUCUCGCGAUAACACGCAACGUGGCGAGGCCACGUGGUGGUUAUGUUUACAU